AUGGCAAUCGUAACAAGCAUACAAGAAGAAAUCCAUCCUCAGAGCUCCUCCAGAUCACCUCUGAGUGUGAAGAGCAAACCCCUGCACAUCGAUUUGGAGUAUGAAGUAGGUUGCAACGGUGUUCGCGUUUUUUCUAUGGAAGAAGUGAGACGACACAACAGCGCUGAAUCUGCCUGGCUUGUUGUGGGUGAUAAGAUAUAUGAUGCCACUGAGUACAUCCGGAUACAUCCUGGUGGUGAGAUGAGCAUCCUUCGAAAGUCCGGAGGUGUGGUUGACUGCACUCAAGACUUUCAUUUUCACUCGAAAGCGGGAAAGAAAGUUUGGGAUAGAUACUACGUCGGAAAGUUAAAGCCAGCUCCUGGAUCUGCUGCAGAUAGACAAUGGUGGCAGUUCUGGAUGUAG